AUGUCCUCCUCCAGCAGUCUGACCAGUGUCACAGCAAGUGGGACAUCCUCCCCAUCCACCAAGAAUACAACAAUAAUGACCAGUGAUGUAUCCUCCAUGACCUUAUCAACCCCUUCCAGCAGUCAGACAAGUAUCACAGAAAGUGAGAUAUCCUCCCCAACACACAGGACAAUAAUUAUGAGCACUGAUGCAUCCUCCAUGACUCCAUCCUCCCCCAAAAGUGACAAUGCUUCAUCCCAAGCUCCAACUACAGGCAUUACUGGAGGUGGUAUGUCCUCCUCCAGCAGUCUGAGCAGUGUCACAGCAAAUGGGACAUCCUCCCCAUCCACCAAGAAUACAGUAAUAAUGACCAGUGAUGCAUCCUCCAGGACAUCAUCCACCCCUCAAAGUGAAAGCUCCUCAUCACAAACGCCAACCGCAACCAACACCAGAGGUGGUAUGUCCUCUUCAAGUAGUCUGACCAGCAUCACAGCAAGUUGGAUAUCCUCCCUAACCACAUGGAGUACACUUAUGACCAGUGAUGCAUCCUUCAUGACUGCACCCACCCCCAAAACUGACACCUCCUCAUCACAAACUCCAGCCAUAACAACAACAGGUGUUAUUUCUCCAUUAAGCAGUCUGACCAGCGUCACAGCACGUGAGAUGUCCACCCCAACCACCCACAUUACACCAAUUAUGACCACUGAUGCAUCCUCCAUUACUCCAUCCACCUCCCAAAAUGAAAGCUCCUCAUCCAAAGCUCCAACCCCAACUAGCACCAGUGGUGGCACAUCCUCCUCUAGCAAUCUAAUCAGUGUCACGGUAAGUGACAUGUACCCCCCAACCACCCAGAGUACAACAAUUAUGGCCAGUGAUGUGUCCUCCAUGACUCCAUUCUCUCAAAAAACUAACACCCCCUCAUCACAAGUUCCAACCACCACCUUCUCCAGCAGUCGGACUAGCAUCACAGCAAGUGGGAUAUCCUCCCCAACCACCCAGAAUGUAACAAUUAUGAACAGUGAUGCUUCCUCCAUGCCCUCAUACACUUCAAAGAGUGACAUCUCCUCAUCAGAAACGCCAACCAAAGCCGCCAUCACAAGUACUCUGACUGGUGUCACAGCAAGCAGGAUGUCCUCCCCAACCACCCAGAUUACAACAAUCAUGACCAGUGAUGCAUCCUCCAUCAGCCAAUUUACCCGCAAAACGGACACGCCCUCAUCAGAAGCUCCAGCUACAACCAGCACCACAGGUAACAUGUCCUCCUCGAGUACUCUUACCAGUGUCAUAAGAGGGACACCUUACUUAGGGGCUUGGACAACAUCUCAUGCAACACACAAAGUAUCUUCUCCUAGCAUGCUUAACACAACUGGGGAUACAGGUGACAUGCCUUCCCUUGGCACUCUGCCUACAGCUAACAUAACAAAUGAGGUGUCUCUGGGUAUCCCAUUGGGAGAAGUGUUGCAUCUUCUAAUACUUUGGUUACCCCAACUGUUUUGA